CACUUCCGGUUUCUCGUUAGCCGUUUUCCAAACAAUAGUUUACCGUGUUUUUAAAGCGCAGCGAAGUGGCGUUUCAAAUGUGCCGCGUCGUCAGAAACACAUUUAAACUCGCGUAAGAUGUGGGCAUAAUUAUGUAGCGUUAGUGAAUAAAGCCGGAACUCGUGAUUUGGCGCCAGUUGCCGGUCGGACCCCUUUUAGAGCAGGACCCGACGUUGCUAAGGGAAGCGCUGUUGUUGCUCGUGGGGUGGCGUGUGCGCUUUAAACGGGCAUUCAGGGUCGUUCUCCCGGGAAAUGGAGGUCGUGAAAUAAAUAAAUAAAUAAUGUCGAGAAGGGGCCGUUUCUCGGGACCGGACCGGUUCGAAUACCUGCAGGCGCUCGUCACCGAGUUCCAGGACACGGACAGCGCGGAGGCCAAGCAGCAGGUCCUGGCGAACCUCGCCAACUUCUCGUAUGACCCCAGGAACUCGGACGCCCUGCGGAGGCUGCAGGUGACCGAGCUCUUCCUCGACAUGCUGACGGAGGAGAGCGAGGACCUGGUGGAGUUCGGCCUCGGAGGCCUCUGUAACCUCAGCGUGGACCACGAGUGCCGAGACGAGAUCCUGCAGAGCGGAGGCGUUGCCCUGGUGACGGGCUGCCUGUCGAGUCGGCGCGAGGAGACGGUCCUGUCGGCCAUCGGAACGCUCAUGAACCUGACCACGGCGUCCUCCCGCGCCCAGACCACCGAUAGGGCCGUGCUGCAGUGCAUGCUGCGCUUCUCGCUGUCGAAGAGCACACGGCUGCGCAACCUGGCCACGGUCUUCCUGCAGGACUACUGCAGCCAGGAGCAGGUGGAGCAGGCGCAGCAUGAGCUGCAGGGUCACACCCAGACCGCCCUGGGCAUCCCCUUACCCGAGGACCCGGUCGGGGGACGCGGCGGGACGUGAUCGAUGCGGUCCAUGCAACCAACGAAAGAGAUGGGUUGCCGCAGUGUUGGGUACGCAGUCAGAAGCACAGAAACUCUCUUUUGCAGAGAACAUUCUGGAAAAAGAAUGAAGCUCUUCUGCACUUAUUGAUUGGAGUCAAAGCAACCAGUGAUUUAAUAAAUGAAAUGGUCAGUUAGAGAAAUUGUACACAUUAGAGUAUAAGAAAAAUAUACUAAACACUUUUUCUGAGCAUGUCAGGAUGGUGAUAAUGUUAAUCCUCAAUUCUGUGGGAAACUUUUGUAAAUAUGCUGGUCUCGAUUUUGUUAUAGGAAAUGUGUAGCAGGAUGUAUUCAGAUUUUUUUAGUAAAUUUUUAUUUUUUAUUCAGAUUAUUUGCUUCAUAAAUGACACCUCAAAGAAGUUUUAAUUUGGUUUCCAUCCCAUUCUCAUAAUGGCUCAGCAGC